UCAAUUAGGUCCGAAUUCCCAGCAUAUAAGGGUACUACCGUCGCUCGUCUUCCAGAUUUCUCCAGUUUGCCUUUCAGGCUAGUUCGCCAUGUCUGGCCGUGGCAAAGGCGGAAAAGGCUUGGGUAAAGGGGGCGCCAAGCGUCACCGCAAAGUCUUGCGAGAUAACAUCCAGGGUAUUACCAAACCUGCCAUCCGGCGUCUUGCUCGGCGCGGUGGUGUCAAGCGCAUUUCUGGACUCAUCUAUGAGGAGACCCGCGGGGUGCUGAAGGUGUUUCUAGAGAACGUGAUCCGUGACGCUGUUACUUACACGGAGCACGCCAAGCGCAAGACCGUAACAGCGAUGGAUGUGGUCUACGCUCUCAAACGACAGGGACGCACUCUUUACGGCUUCGGCGGCUAAGGCUCUUGCUUGAACGACUCAACAUCUCAACUAUCCCAAAUUAAAGGCCCUUUUCAGGGCCGCCCACACUUUUCCUUAAAGGAGCUAAUGACUUUUGCUAACCACUUAGUCACUUCAUAAGUCACUGUUCCUAUCCACAGGUAC